AUGAAGAAUAUUCAAUUUAUUUUUAUUAUUUUUAUCUAUUUAUUUGCUACAAUUAUUUGUGUACCAUGGGAUUAUCAAGCAAGUAAUACUAACAGAAAUAAUCCAGGAUGGUAUCCAAUGCAAAAUCAGGGAUCAUCUCAAUUUCAAAACCCAUAUAAUGGAAGAAAUGUUGCAGCAUAUCCAGAAAAUCUUUCUGUUAAUAUGAUGCCAACAAAUAAUUCACCAGGAGUUAGAAAAUCAUCAUCAGUUAAUGGAUAUUAUGGAAAUUCAAAUAUUAAUAGUCAACAACUUUUAACUAAUACACAAGAUAAUGAUAGCCGGAAAAAUUUUUCUGAAAUUUACUUUCCACUUUUGGCUAGACGUGAAAAACUUGCUAAAAGUUUAAAAUCUAAAAAUUAUACUCAUACUAUUUUCAAAAAAGAAACAACACCAAAAAUGGUAACAUACUCUAAAAAAAAUAUAAAAAAUUAUUUCUCAACAACAAUUAAACCAAGAUCUUCUAACAAUUAUGAAAAUAAAUUAGAAACAAAAAAAGUUAAUACUGAUAAUAAAUUUGUCAAAAUUAAUAAAGGUACAAAAGUUGUAAAGUCAAGUAUAAAACCAUAUUUUGGACAUUGGAAUUUUCGUACAACGACAACAGAACCCACAACAACAACUACAGAAAUUAAAACAACCAAAAAACUUGAUUAUAAAUUUAAUAAUAAACGUGUAAAAUCAUGGUAUAGAACAAAACCAACAACAACAACAACUGAAGUUUUUGUUACAAGUACUACAACGACAAAACCAAUUUUAAUUCCAAAAUGGACAAAAAAAUCAUUUAUUCCUAGAUUUAAAUUAACAACAAAAUUAAAUAAUACUACAAUACAAAUUCCAACAACAACUACUACAACUAAUGUUCCAUCAACAACUAUUAUAGUUGAAAUUCCAAAAUCUACUACUACAACUGAAGUUCCACAGACGAGUACUACGACAACUCAAUCUCCAUCUACAACAACCGAAACAGUUGCUUCUACAACAACAACAAAUUUUGUAGAAACUUCAGCAUUUACUCCUACAAUAAAAUCAGCAUCUGAUACAGAAAUUAAAAGUACAUUAAAAAAUAUGGUUGAGAAAAAUGAGGUUCCAUCUAUAAUUACUGAGAAACAAAUAAUUGAAACUUCAACAAAAAUACCAACAAUAAGUACUACUAUUAUUCCAAUUACAACUACUACAGAAGAAGAAAAAGUGUCUACAACAACUACAGUCCCUAUUACGACAACAGAAACUUUACUAACAUCAUCUACUACAACAAUAAAACACUCUUCUACAUCAAGAAAAUCAUUAUCAGAAAAGAUAAAAGAAGAAGCAUCUAAAAAAUAUCAGUAUCGUAAUGAAAAACCAAUUAGUCCAUAUAACUUUCGUACCGUUAUGCCUUUAAAUAGUAGAAUAUUUAAAAAAUCAACAUCAGAAGCACCAAAAUUGGUAUCAGAAUCAAUAAAUUAUGAAACACCAAUAUCUUCAUCACAACCACCUUCAACAACGCUAUCAACAACUACAUCAACAAAAUCAGAAUCAGAAGAUUCUAUGACAACAGAAAUAUCAGAGGAACAACUUAAAGAAGCAUUAGACAAAAUAUUGAUUCUUAAGAUCAUUACACAUAAAAUUCAAGAUAAUAAGAAUAAAAUAAUUGAGCCAAAUGUUGAGUUACUCUCUGCUAUAAAAGAUGUUGUCUCUAAAUUUCGCCAAUCUCUUGAUAAUGCUGGUAUUCAGGAUGACGUUCGUCAUAUGGGAAAUCAAAUCGAAAGUACGUUGGGUGAACUAAAAUCUGGUCUUAAUCGUAGUUGGUUUGCGGUCAAACAGUCUGCAGAAAAUGCAGUUAAGUCAGCUGCAAUAGAAAAAAUUACUAAAAAAACUUUUAAAGAAAAGAAAGAAGAAAUAUCAGAAGAUAAUGAAACAUUUGAGGAGGAAUCUAAAAAUGAAUAUUUUAUUCCCAAUAGUAGUAAUUUGAUAAAUAGACAAAAAAAUAAAAUUGAAAACAAUUCAUUGUACAAAAAGAUAGAUCCAAAAAAUAAAAAUAAUCAAUCAAGUGUACUUAAAUUACCACAAGAAAGUGAAGGAGAACUUCAGCGACGUUUAUAUCAUAAAUUAGAUAACUGGUUAGGACAAGCACAACAAGCACUUUCUGAUGAUUCUGGUAGAAUACAUUCACCUUCAUCUACAACAUCACUAAGAAAUCACCCUGAUGCAAGAACAAGAUUUCCAAGAAAAGUUGGAGAAAAUACAUCUCAGAUUUAA